AGAUCAAUCAUUUUCUCGGUCUUUACUGUUUGCUUUCUACUUUUCCUUCGUUCGUCGCCUCUCUUUGGCCACUUCAAACUUAUCUCUAUUAUUUCUCUCCCUCUCUCGCGGGUCCACAAGAUGCAGUUCUCCAAGAUCCAGAUCUUCGCCAUCCUGGCCGUCGGUGCCAUGGCCAACCCAAUCCCCGCCGACUCGCCCACCGACGCCGCAACGCUGCAAGUUCGCGACGAGACGCAUUUGCUAGUGGCCAGGAACUGCGAGGGUCGUUCGACCAAGGCUUCGUGCGAAAAGUUCUUGAGCGGCUGCAAAUGGCUGCAUAGCUCCAACUACUGCGUUGGCAAGUAAGGUUUUCAACUAGGUCACCGAACUAAGAUCUGGGUGUGCACGAACUGGGCCUAUAAACUGGUUGGGGGUGGGAGAGAAUAAGGAUAGAUAGAUAUUUAUAGACUGUUCUUGGAAUAUUAUUCACGAACUUACAAGGCUG